AUGGUAGAUGCUAAUGUUAAGAUUUUAAAGUAUCUUAAAGAAAAAGGGGCAAAUCUAAGCAUUUCCAACAAAUAUAAAUGUACACUUAUUCAUGAAGCUGCUCGAAAUGGUGCAUUCGAAGUCCUACGAUAUUUAGUAGAAGAUUGUAAAAUGGACGUUAACGUUUCUGAUGUAAAUGGAAAUUUACCGGUCCAUAUGAUAUCUAUGAGAGAUUAUAAUAUUGACAUUUUCAAGUAUCUUAAAGAUAAAGGGGCAAAUCUAAGCAUUGCCAACAAGGCUAAAUGUACACUUAUUCAUAAAGCUGCUCGAAAUGGCGCAUUCGAAGUCCUACGAUAUUUAGUAGAAGACUGUAAAAUGGAUGUUAACGUUUCUGAUGUGAAUGAGAAUUUACCGAUUCAUAUGAUAUCUAUGAGCGAUUAUAAUAUUGACAUUUUCAAGUAUCUUAAAGAUAAAGGGGCAAAUCUAAGCCUUUCCAACAAAUAUAAAUGUACACUUAUUCAUGAAGCUGCUCGAAAUGGUGCAUUCGAAGUCCUACGAUAUUUAGUAGAAGAUUGUAAAAUGGACGUUAACGUUUCUGAUGUAAAUGGAAAUUUACCGGUCCAUAUGAUAUCUAUGAGAGAUUAUAAUAUUGACAUUUUCAAGUAUCUUAAAGAUAAAGGGGCAAAUAUAAGCAUUUCCAACAAGGAUAAACGUACACUAAUUCAUGAAGCUGCUCGAAAUGGCGCAUUAGACGUCCUACGAUAUUUAGUAGAAGAUUGUAAAAUGUAA